GCUCCUCACACUCUCCCGCUGCCCGCCCCGGGCCGCGCAUCUCCCGGCUGCUUCCUUCUGCCCGGGGCAGGGCUCGGCAGCAUCGCCCCUCCAGGAACGCUCUGUCUGCCUGGCGACUCCUUCCUAAAGGAUUAACACAAGGGAAUGACAGGCACGGAGGCACGCAGCGGGCAAAAAGCCACCCCCCUUCGCCUCCUCUAACAUCUUCGGUCGGGCGCCGCUUCUUCUGGGCAGCUUUUCCUGCCUUCCUGGGGAACAACGUCCCGGGCAGCCGGGGCCAGAGGCAGAGCGGGGCUCCGGGAGCGGCUCCCGUGGAGUUUAGCGCAGCCGGGAUUACUCUGCCCGAGCCGCGCUCGGUGCGCUGCUGCGGACCGUGCAGGCGCUGUGACAAGCCUCGUACUUGAGCAACCUUCAGAGCAGCCUCCUGAGCUGUGCUGUCCUCACACGUGGCAAUUUAUUGUCCUUCAUCGCCAGGGAUUGUGUGACAGCGGCACAGAUUCCAGGCCUGCAAGAGACAAGGCUCCCUGCUGCAGGAUCAUCAUUUCCAGGGGAGGAAAUCGCCAGAUAACUCCAAGAGCUUUUGAAGAUGGCACCAGAUAUCCCAUUAAAUAUUAAUAUCAGGGAGCCCCGAUGGGAUCAAAGCACUUUUGCUGGACGAGCCAAUCACUUCUUCACUGUCACAGACCCCAGGAAUAUUUUGUUAUCUAAUGCCACACUGGAAAAUGCAAGAAAAAUUGUGCAUGAUUACAGACAAGGUAUCGUGGCACCUGGCUUGACAGAAGAUGAGCUGUGGAGAGCAAAAUACAUUUAUGAUUCAGCCUUUCACCCCGACACUGGGGAGAAGAUGUUUGUGAUCGGCCGAAUGUCUGCCCAGGUGCCCAUGAACAUGACUAUCACAGGCUGCAUGAUGACCUUUUACAGAACGACGCCAGCAGUGCUUUUCUGGCAGUGGGUCAACCAGUCCUUCAAUGCUAUAGUGAACUACACCAACAGGAGCGGGGAUGCCCCCAUCACUGUCAGCCAGCUGGGAACAGCCUAUGUUUCUGCCACCACAGGUGCUGUCGCUACAGCCUUAGGACUUAAUUCACUAGCAAAGCGCGUCUCGCCUCUUAUAGGGAGGUUUGUUCCUUUUGCUGCUGUUGCUUCUGCCAACUGCAUCAAUAUUCCACUAAUGAGACAAAGGGAAAUCCAGUUUGGAAUUCCUGUCACGGAUGAGGAUGGAAAAAGACUGGGUGAUUCAUCCAAAGCAGCUCAGCAGGCAAUUGCCCAGGUGGUGAUAUCCAGGAUUCUGAUGGCUGCUCCUGGCAUGGCAAUUCCUCCAUUCAUAAUGAAUACCCUGGAAAAGAAAGCCUUUUUAAAGAAAUUUCCUUGGAUGAGCGCUCCCAUUCAGGUUGGAUUAGUUGGAUUCUGUCUCGUGUUUGCAACUCCCCUGUGUUGUGCACUGUUUCCUCAGAAAAGUUCCAUGUCGGUGUCGCGCUUGGAGCCAGAUUUGCAAGCCAAGAUCCGAGCCAGCCACCCUGGCCUAGAACGUGUAUACUUCAAUAAAGGAUUAUAAUUCAAGGAAGGCAAAGUAUCUUUCAAGGAGAAACUUAUGAACUUAUUUUUUCAAUUGUGUGCCAACACAGACAAGAACACAUCUUUAUCUUGUCCUUUUGUUAAACAAGUUGAUCAUCUGCAUUAUUUUACAGUUAAAGACUUUCUUCAGUAUAGUGUUUAAAUCACAUAAGGUCACUUUGUCCACUUUGGUAUUGUUUGAAAGUUUAAACAUACAUAUCCAGAGAUGUUUACAUAAGUCUCAAGCAGCUACAAUAACAAUAAAGAAGCGCACAAUGAAAA